GGCCAUAGUGAAUUGUUAGGUAUAGUUAACAUAUGUUGGUUGUUAAUUUUCUGAUGAAUUAUUAAACUUAAUUAUGGAUGAAAGUAGGCAAGAAGGUAUAAAUACUUUAGAAUUAAAUUUUAAAAACGGAAAUCCAGGUGCAGUUCAGUAUGGCAACUUUAUAAACUACUAUCAAUUUCAUUCGCCUCAAAGCAGAUUGAGACUCUUGCCUUCUGGAGUGGAAAUAUGGUCCACAUUUACUGAAAAAACUUUUGCCCUUGAUAUUGGUUCAAAUGCAGGGGACUUAACAUAUCUAUUGCAUUCAUUUCUAGAAGAAAAGUUGUCUCAGGACUGUGAAAUUAUUGGAGUUGAUAUAGAUCCAGUAUUAAUAGAAAGAGCCAAAGAUAAAAGACCUUGCAAUAAAUUAAAAUUUCUGUGUCUAGAUUUUAUGAAUGAAAAUGGCAGAAGUUACAUAUUAAACUAUUUAAUAGAUAAUAAUCUAAGCAAGUUUAAUGUAAUUUUUUGUUUUUCUAUUACAAUGUGGAUACAUUUGAACCAUGGUGAUAAAGGACUCGAAAAUUUUAUUUAUCAAGUCUUGAAUCUUGGUGAAGUUGUUGUGAUUGAACCUCAACCUUGGAAGUGCUAUAGAACUGCUGUUAAAAGAUUGAAACGUUCUAAUGAACAGUUCCCUUUAUUUAAUAAGUUAAAAAUAAGAAAUGUUGAAGAAGAAAUUCAAAAUAUGAUUGAUAAAAUGUUUGGAAAAAAUAUUAGACUGAUUUAUAAGUCACAAACUACUGAAUGGGGUCGAAAAAUUUUAAUAUAUAAAUGGAAUAGAGAAGUACUACUUGCAUAAAAAUAAUGCAGUACAAGAAUAGUUUUUAUUUUAAUCAAUAGAGUGGUUGCCAUGUAUUUAUUAUAAAUAGACUAUGA